GCGCGGGGCAGCGAUGGAGCGCGUGGUGCUGGUGACCGGUGCGAGCGGCGGUGUGGGGCUGGCGCUGUGCAAGCGGCUGCUGGAUGAGGAUGGCCGCAUUCACCUCUGCAUCGCCUGCCGCAACGAGCAGAAGAGCGAAGCCACGCGGGACCUCAUCCUGGCCACCCACCCCUCUGCCCAGGUGUCCACCGUGGAGAUGGACCUGGGAAACCUGGCCUCCGUCCUGCGGGCCGCCCGUGAGCUCCGCUGCAGGUUUCAGCGCCUGGACUUUGUCUACCUCAACGCUGGGAUCAUGCCCAACCCGCACGUGAACUUCAAGGCUCUCUGGCACGGGCUCCUCACCGGGAAGCUGCUCCACAUGCUGACCACUGCAGAAGGCGUCAUGACCCAGACGGACAGGCUGAAUGGAGAUGGGCUUCAGGAGGUGUUUGCUACCAACCUCUUUGGGCACUUUAUGCUGGUUCGUCAGCUUCAGUCUCUGCUCUGCAGCAACGAGAAGCCCUCGCGACUCAUCUGGACCUCCUCCAGCAAUGCCAGGGAGUCUGCCUUCAGCCUCUCUGACUAUCAGCAUGCCAAGGGGCAGGAAUCAUACAGUUCCUCCAAAUAUGCUACUGACCUGACCAGUGUGGUUCUGAACAGGAAACUUAAUGACCAGGGUCUGUAUUCCAGUGUUGUUUGUCCUGGGCUCGUUAUGUCCAACAUGACAUACAGAAUUUUGCCUAUUUUUCUGUGGAAGCUGCUGAUGCCCAUCAUGUGGUUGAUCCGAUUUUUUGCCAAAACUUAUACUCUGACGCCCUAUAAUGGAGCAGAAGCUCAUGUGUGGCUGUUCAAACAGAAGCCAGAGUACCUGGAUGCUCUUGUCAAAUACCACAGCUGUACUUCUGGACUGGGGAGAUGCUACGUGGAGCCUCGAAAGAUGGAUGUGGAUGAAGACACUGCUGAGAAACUUUACCAGAAGCUGUUGGAACUGGAGGAGCAGAGUCUAGAGAAAUACCAUGAUCUCUUAGAUUAAGCAAAGCUAGUCUCAGUGGGGUGAGAGUCUUGUAUCAGUAACCUGGGGUUUCUUCAUUCUGGUGCUACCUGUGUUGCCAGCUGUUCUGCAGGCACAUGGCUUCAGACACAAUCUUCCUUCUCGACAGAAGGUGAACAGUUCCUGAAAAUGGAAGUGUGAAAACUGAAGAGAAAUACUUAGACCUUUGGCUAUGGGAUUUUUCUUUUGGCAUAAAACUGGAGACCUCGAAUAGGCAGAGUCUGUCCUAACACAGUUGCAAAGUGGUGUCUUGCAGAAGCAUGACUGAGCUGUGUGUGGUUCAGGAGCAGCCUCAGAACCUGUGGUUUCCAUCUGGCUCAGGGCAGUAAAGGCAGCAGUCUGGGGUGCUGCCCUGCAUCUUGGCUCUGCUGGUGUUUGUGGAUGGCUCAGACACAUCACCUGUGGCUCCUCCUGAUGUGCCUGAAGGCUCACCUUCAGCAGAGCUGCCUUACACUUGUUCACCAAAGCUGGGGCUGCCUCUGCAGACCUGCUCAGCGAGAUUGAACCUUACUGGCAGGCAGGGUCUGCCCAGCAGCUGAAACCAAGCUGCUGAAGAGCUGGCCUGAGAAGCACACACCUGCCUCAACUGUGAGGACAGAUGCCUUGCUGUCCCCUGGGUAUGGGCACUUGAGGGUUUUAACCAUGACUGGCUUGAAAGGGUGAUGUUAACCUGGACUCAGGGCCAGUCUGCUCUGUUUAGAGCAAGAGUGAGAGGUUACCAUGUUGUUUUAUCUAUUUAACUCUUUUUAUAUAAAUCUAUUGUACCAACCAUUCUUCCUGUUGUUUAUCUGGAGACUUUGAGCAAGUAUCUGCCACCAAGUAACUUCAAGUGCUGUAAUGAAUAAACAACUGAAAUUGAGUUGUCCUUAAUGCAGUGGUGUUUUUACUCCAAUAUCCAUCUACUUUUGACUUGGAGGCUUGGCAGGAAACUUAAUUGGUGCCUUGUGCUGUAAAUCCGUGCAUACCUGGGAAGUGUGGAGCCUCUCUGCCAUGGAAGAGCUGUCAACCACCUUUUUGGCUUGCUUCUUCAGCUAAGGAAAGACAUGAGUGAUUUCUAAAGACUUCAGUGUGGUUUUGUGUGCUGAGCGCCUGUGGGAAGCCUGAGACUAUUUCCCAGCCUUAGGCUCUUGGGAGAUGUCUUGGUGCUUGCUCACCCGCUGUGUCACAUAAUGACUCUUAAUGCUUAAUGCACUAAUUAAUGGUUUAAUGCACCUCCCUGGGGCUGCCU